CUCACUCCGCGUGAAACAAAGUGUAGUGUCCGCGAGAGCCCGUAGGAAGCGAAAAUAGAGAAACCGGAGAAAGGAGAGAAUGGGGCGGCUGAAUCCACAACAACAGGAGGAAUAAUAACACACGAAAGAGAGAAAUAAAGAAGACGGAAGAGGAGAAGACGGAGAAAAACUCACAGGAAAAAACUUUUCGGGGGGGAAACUGUUACAGACUCACAACGCGGCCACGUUUUAAAACAUGGAUACACUUUUCUCCGUAUUCCUGGGACUCCUGUUUGCGGCAGUUUGUAACGUCUCCGGACAGAUGCCGACAGGGAGCUGUACGUUUGAUGAAGGCUUCUCUCAGUGUGAUUACCAGCAAGAUCCCUAUGAUGACUUUGACUGGACGCACAUCAACACCCAGGAGGUGCCAUACGUCUCACCACCUGCCACAAGGUUCCUACAUGUAUGUGGACGUCUCUCAGAAUGACGUUGGGGAGAAGGCCAGGUUUCAGCUGCCUGUCAUGAAGGAGAAUGAUACUCAUUGUAUCGACUUCAACUAUCUCCUCACCAGCCCUGACGGCUCCAGUCCUGGCACACUCAACGUCCUGGUGAAGGUUAACAAGGGUCCCUUAGCCAACCCUAUAUGGAAUGUGACGUCCUACACUGGUAAGGACUGGCUGAAAGCAGAACUCGCCGUCUCCACCUUUUGGCCUAAUGAAUAUCAGGUCAUAUUUGAAGCAGAGGUUUCGGACAGCAAAGCCGGCUUCAUUGCCAUUGACGACAUUCAGGUGCUCAGCUACCCAUGCGAUAAAUCUCCUCAUUUUCUGCGUCUUGGGGACGUGGAGGUGAACGCCGGACAGAACGCCACGUUUCAGUGUAUCGCCACAGGACGAGACACAUCGAACAAUAAACUCUGGCUUCAGAGGAGAAAUGGAGAAGAUAUCCCCGUGGCUCUGACUAAGAACAUCAACCACAGACGCUUCGCCGCCUCCUUCCACCUCAAAGAGGUCACUAAUCAGGAUCAAGAUUUGUACCGCUGCGUCACCCAAUCAGAGCGCGGCUCAGGAGUGUCCAACUUUGCAGGUCUUAUUGUCAGAGAGCCUCCGCACCCCAUCGCCCCGCCCCAACUGCUAGGCGUCGGCCCCACAUAUCUGCUCAUUCAGCUAAAUGCUAACUCCAUAUUUGGAGAUGGACCUAUUAUACUCAAAGAGGUUGAGUACCGUAUGACAUCAGGCAGCUGGACGGAGACUCACGCAGUGAACUCUCCCAACUACAAGUUAUGGCAUCUCGACCCAGACACAGAGUACGAGAUCCGAGUGUUACUAACCAGACCAGGAGAGGGAGGCACAGGAAAACCUGGACCACCACUCAUUACCCGGACCAAAUGUGCAGAACCCAUGCGGACUCCUAAGAGGCUAAAGAUUGCUGAGACCAGGUCUCGUCUGAUAGCAGUGGACUGGGAGUCGUUGGGUUACAACAUCACUCGCUGUCACACCUUUAAUGUAACCAUCUGCUACCAUUACAUGACUGCCAACAACCGCAGCAAAGCUGACUGCUUGGACAUGGACCCUAAAGCACCACGCCACCUGGUGGGAAACCUGCCACCGUAUACCAAUGUCAGCCUGAAGAUGAUUCUGACCAAUCCAGAGGGGCGGAAAGAGAGUGACGAGACCAUCAUACAAACUGAUGAGGAUGUUCCAGGUGCAGUUCCCAGUCAGUCACUAAGAGCCACUCCAUUCGAAGACAGAAUUCUUCUUUAUUGGAAGGAACCGUCUGAACCCAAUGGAGUCAUCAUACAAUAUGAGAUCAGCUACAGCGGCUUGCGUUCAUUUGACCCUUCAGUGCCUCUCCAGCGGCCGGGACUCACAGUGUCUUUGCCCUCGAAUGCCACCCAUCACCUGUUUUCCCAGCUCCACCCUGGUGUUACGUAUCAACUCUCUAUACGUGCAUCCACCUCCAAAGGGUUCGGUCCUGCAACCACACUCAACGUGACCACUAAUAUUUCAGCCCCAACAAUAGAUGAGUACGAUGGGUCAGAGGCCUUUCUGAAUGAAACUGCAACAACCAUCACUGUUCUGCUCAAACCUGCCCAGGCCAAGGGAGCACCUAUAAGUGCAUACCAGAUUGUAGUUGAAGAAGUGAAUCCUCAGCGGACACGUCGUCAAGCUUCCUCGGACUGUUACGAGGUCCCAGUUUCCUACCACAGUGCAUCUAGUGGUGGAUCUCCAUAUUAUUAUGCUGCCCAGCUGUCCCCCAGCAACCUGCCAGAGCCGCUCCCCUUCACUGUUGGAGACAACAAGACAUAUCAGGGUUUCUGGAAUCCUCCGCUGGCCCCGAGAAAGAACUACAACAUCUACCUCCAAGCUGUUAGCAGCACGGAGAGGGAAACUAAGACACAGUGUCUGAGACUGGCUACUAAAGGUGCUACAGAGGAGCCAGAGGUCAUCCCUGACCCCGCUAAACAAACGGACCGAGUGGUGAAGAUCGCUGGGAUCAGUGCUGGUGUUCUCGUCUUUAUACUGCUGGUGCUUGUAGCCAUCCUAUUGGUCAAGAAGAGGAGGACCUACUAUUCAUACUCUUAUUACCUGAAACUGGCUAAAAAACGUAAAGAUGCCAUCGGAACGACACGGCAGGAAAUGACUCACAUGGUGAAUGCCAUGGAUCGCAGCUAUGCUGACCAGAGCACUCUGCACGGAGAAGAUCCCAUGGCUGUGACAUUCAUGGACUCUCACAACUACAACAACAGAUUGCCCAACGAUCCUCUGGUUCCAACUGCUGUGUUAGUUCCAAUCACAGACGAGAACCACAGUGCCUCUGCAGCGGAGAACAGCAGGCUGCUGGACGUUCCUCGCUAUCACUGUGAAGGAACCGAAUCUCCUUAUCAGACAGGACAGCUCCACCCUGCCAUCAGAGUGGCUGACCUCCUGCAGCACAUCAACCUAAUGAAAACAUCUGACAGCUACGGCUUUAAGGAGGAGUAUGAAAGCUUCUUCGAGGGCCAGUCGGCCUCCUGGGACGUGGCCAAGAAGGAGCAGAACCGUACCAAGAACCGCUAUGGGAACAUUAUAGCAUAUGACCAUUCAAGGGUUAUUCUGCAGCCCAUAGAAGACGACCCCUCCUCCGACUACAUCAACGCCAACUACAUCGAUAUUUGGCUGUACAGGGAUGGCUACCAGAGACCAAGUCACUACAUCGCUACUCAGGGUCCUGUUCAUGAGACAGUGUAUGACUUCUGGAGGAUGGUGUGGCAAGAACAGUCAGCCUGUAUCGUCAUGGUAACCAACCUGGUGGAGGUUGGAAGGGUUAAGUGCUACAAGUAUUGGCCAGAUGAUGCAGAGGUGUACGGAGACUUCAAGGUGACUUUUGUGGAAGUUGAACCUCUUGCUGAAUAUGUGGUUCGCACAUUUACACUGGAGAGGCGUGGUUUCAACGAGGUACGGGAAGUCAAGCAGUUCCACUUCACAGGCUGGCCUGAUCACGGAGUCCCAUAUCACGCCACGGGACUACUCUCCUUCAUCCGUAGAGUUAAAAUCUCCAAUCCACCCUCUGCUGGGCCAAUUGUGGUCCACUGCAGUGCCGGAGCAGGGCGCACAGGCUGUUUCAUAGUCAUUGACAUCAUGUUGGACAUGGCAGAGAGAGAGGGAGUGGUUGACAUCUACAACUGCGUGAAGGCUCUUCGCUCUAGGAGGAUCAACAUGGUACAGACUGAGGAGCAGUAUAUAUUCAUCCAUGAUGCCAUCCUAGAGGCUUGUCUAUGUGGAGAAACAGCCAUACCAGUCUGUGAGUUCAAAGCUGCUUUUUAUGAGCUGAUCCGCAUCGACUCGCAGACCAACUCGUCACAUCUGAAGGAUGAGUUCCAGACAUUAAAUUCGGUGACUCCUCAGCCUCAGCCUGAAGACUGCAGCAUCGCAUUGUUGCCUAGAAACCAAGAUAAGAACCGCUUUAUGGACGGCCUUCCUCCUGACAGAUGCCUUCCCUUCCUCAUUACAAUAGAUGGAGAAAGCAGCAAUUACAUCAACGCUGCUCUGAUGGAUAGCUACAGACAGCCGGCUGCGUUCAUCGUUACCCAGCAUCCUUUGCCUAACACAGUCAAAGACUUCUGGCGCCUGGUUUAUGACUAUGGAUGUACCAGUUUGGUGAUGCUGAAUGAGAUUGACCUGGCUCAGGGUUGCCCUCAGUACUGGCCAGAGGAGGGCAUGCUGCGUUACGGUCCGGUCCAGGUGGAAUGUAUGUCGUGCUCAAUGGACUGUGAUGUGAUCAGUAGACUCUUCAGAGUCUGCAACCUCACCAGGCCUCAGGAAGGCUACCUGAUGGUUCGCCAGUUCCAGUACCUGGGGUGGGCAGGUCACAGAGAAGUCCCUGCCUCCAAACGCUCCUUCCUCAAACUCAUCCUGCAGAUCGACCAGUGGCAGCGUGAGGGAGAGGAAGGGGAGGGAAGAACCAUUGUGCACUGCCUAAAUGGAGGCGGACGUAGUGGAGUUUUAUGUGCCAGCAGCAUUGUGUGUGAGAUGGUCAAGAGACAGAGUGUGGUCGACGUCUUCCACGCUGUGAAGACUUUGAGGAACAGCAAACCCAACAUGGUGGAUACUCCGGAACAGUACCGCUUUUGUUACGACCUGGCCCUGGAGUUCAUCGAGUCCUCCUCCUAAACAAAGGAGAGAAGAGGAGGAGGUGAAGAAGAGCAGAACAUCUUCUCACUUCCCGCGUGUUUGAUCCUUUGCUUUCGCUUGGUCCCGACUCCCCUCUGUGGUGGCCGUUCUGUAGCACCCAUUUUGCGUCCCUACAAAUGGCACAAGCGAAAUGGGCUCCUUGCAUCGUGUUGUAAAGCAUCCAAACAAAGGGAAACGUUUAGACUCUGAAACAGAAGGAGUGCAACAGAGGGGGAGGUGUUACUCCUUUUGCUCCUUUUUGCUUCUUGUACAGCUUUUUGAGUGCCAGCGGGCCCCUGUAUGAUUUGGGCCCCAUUUAAAUGUUGAGCCUCUUACCACAGCCCCUCUCCCAUGGACUUGAUGCCUCAUGCUGUGUCAGCUGCAGUACUCAAUGUGCACUGUAGAUGUCUCCUUCCCCCUUGCAAGCUGCAACCACAGCUUUUGAAUAACUGCAAGUUUCAAUCGGCCCCACAUUCCUGCUCUCAUGCGAAUUUCUGAGUUACUUAGCAGUGUUGGGCAUCUCAUCACGGUGAUGUUUGAAUAUCCGCAGCCAGUACUUUGUGUAGGUACAACAAACUUCAAGUUACAGCCUGGCCAAACUCUGUGAAUGCUUCUGUUUUCUGCUCCAUACAUCAGCAGCAUCUUCAUGUUAUUUUUCUGGCCAUUUCAAUCAGGACAUUAUUAUGUAUUUAAAUACUAAAUUGGCCACUUCGAAACCACUUUGAUUGGUUACAUACAUUGUCAGAGAACAGAAUACACAGACAAAAAAUAUCCUAAAUGUCCAUGUAAGUUUGCUAAUUAGAUGAACUAGUGUCUUAGAAACAAGACUGACAAAGAAACAGAAGCAGGAAGUUUACACCAGGAGUACUAGGCUUUUAGUUUUUUAGUUUUUUUUUAAUCAUGAAGUGGCAACUUGAAAAAUGUUAAGUGUAGGACUUUCACUAAAAUGUGUAUGUUAAAAAAGUGUGAUAUGUAUCAUUGUUUAUGUUUUCUGCAGUCACUGCAGAGUUCAUUUGUUGCAUCAUUUAUUGAUCUACAGGAUAGAUGUUUUGAAGUCUUCUUUGUACCCAAAAUUGGAAAAAAAAUUGAACAUUUUAAAGAGUAACUUAACCCCCAAACCACUUUUAUCAGCUGAAAACAAAAUUAGAUAGGUAUGUAUGUGGGUAACACCUUAACACCGUAACACCAAGGCAACACCUUAAACUGCAAACAAGGUCAAUCAUGACUCUUUCUAUUAUGAACAAGUCACACAUUUUGAUAAAAAAUAACAUCAUGCAACAUCACGUAAUGCGUGUUUUUUAAUAUGGUGACAUGCUCUAUUGGACUUAAAAGGCACCAUCUUGGAAUAUGGUAUCUAGAUAUUAUUGUAGAUCUAUGCCUCCUCCUCCGCUCGUCCACACCAUGAAGGAGUGACUUAGCAUCCCUCUCAGCCUGCACAUGUUCAUAUUUUUUUUUUUGCAUCUUAAAGGCAGUUUUUAAAAUUGAGCAUGAACUCUGGGGUUUAGUUUCACUUUAAGAUUUUGUUCAAUUAUGUGACAUUAGCAUAAUGAUGUUUGUUUCAGGGCUGGGCCCAAUGCACUUUCAAUUCAGCCAAUUCACAAAUGGGAUAUUUUAUUUCAAAAAUCAAAAAUGAACAGAUUUUGGGUACGAGGCUUAUUCACUCUUUGAUAAAGACUGAGAAUAAAUGCUCUUUCAUUAACAGGCGAAUCAUAGUUUUCCAUUUCUGGUUUGAAUGGAAUUGGAAGUGAACUGACUCCAGGCCUCAUUUGUUUUGUGCACUGGUGGCCAACACUUUUUAUUAUUAUUUUGUAGCUGAUGUUUAUUCAUAAGCCAAAGACUUUGUGUAAAUAUGUCUAUAUGGAUAAAGCACAUUGUUUGUAUUUAUUGUUUGUUUACUUGCAUUGCUUGUAAGAACAAUCAUUCUUCAUUCCAUGUUUACUCUACUACCAGCGUUUCUUAAACUGUGGGUCAGGGCACAAAAAUGGGCAGUGAGUCUGUUUCCUCCGGAGUAUUAAGAGUAUUAGUAUGAUUUAAUGAGCCCAUAAUGGGUCCCGAGGCAAGAGGCUACAUCUGCCCAAUUUGGGUCCAUGAAGAAGAGUUUAAGAACCCCUGAUCGACGCUGUAUAUUAAAGCAUUAGAAGUAGUUUUUCAGUAUUUAGGUGGAAUUCAGUAGAAUUGUCUUGUUUUCACUUAAUGAAACUCUCUGUGAUGUUACCGUGGUUUAUUUGUGUAAACGCCCAUCACUCUGUUUGUGGUCAGUAAAACAUCAGUGCAUUUAUAUGCAUAGAGUAUUUUGGAUAAUAGCUCCUAUCCCUCUUACCGUCUUAGUCGGGAUAAGCUGUUUAUCUUCAUCCUCAUAUCCUGCUCACCAUUAUCCCUGAAUACACACAGACGACUCGGUGAUGCAAACGGGCUUAGUGAGUGAAAACAUGCAGGACUGUGAAACAAAAAACAUUUAUUGUGCCUAAUCAUUUGAAUUUCCUCGUGGAUACAAGCAUUUUGACAGUAUCUUAGAUCGCAACCAGGGCUUUGUUGAAUGCGUUCUCAUGGACGAUCAGUGUUUCAAAUAUCUUCUGGACCAUGACUCAGUGUGUGUUAUAAACCAGAAUGCUUCAUGAAUUCUUUGUGAGGCUUACCAGAUGUGUUUCUGUUGUGCACAAACUGAUUCAGAAAAAAACAACACUUUAUUGUAAAUAAAAUGUCAGAGGUUCCACUUUGUUGGAAAGAGAGUAGCCUGGGUCUACUGUUACGGAUGUUAUUGUAAAUAGGCUAUCGUGAUUACUCUAAAAGGCUUUAUUGUUGGAUGAACAGUAGAGAUGAUGGAUGCAAUGUCAGAACAUUCGUUCUGUUGUAGAUAAAAAGUCAGAGAUUGUACUCCUGGAGGACUCAACUUCAAAUUUUGACAGAUAUUGUUUAAAAAAGCAUUAUAGUAUCCACUGAAUACAGAACUUUAUUCUGCGGGUGGAACGUAAAUUUUCAGUUUAUUUCUGCAGAUUUCUGGUCUGACCCAAAGAAAUAAAAGAAAAUUCAGAGGCCAUAACACUACGUUAGUUUACUAGUCGGACAAAACUGAUCUUUAUAGCAUGCAGAGAGAAAACAAUAAGUGCUUCAUACAAAAGUCAGCCUUCUUAACUUCACACUUAAAGGGAAAAACUAAGACACCCAUAACUCCUUCUCAAUAAUCUGAAGUAAUGGCCCUGAAGAGUAGUGAAUGAAGCAGAACGAGAGGCCAGUCUGAGUAUAGAAUUGAUAUUCAUGGUUCAUAAUUAUUCUUGUCUGUAAUGUUUGGCUUCUUUGCUGUAAUAAAGACCACUUCUUUAAUUAAA